UAAAUGCGGCGUGGACCGUCUGCACCGAGACCCUUUCCGAACUCACAGGGACUCGAGAGGGCCGGUCACUGCUGCAACAGCCAUGGCACCGGGAGCAAAGAAGGGCAUCUUGGAGCGUCUGGAUGGAGGAGAGAUCGUCAUCGGGGACGGAGGCUUCGUCUUCGCCCUCGAGAAGAGGGGCUACGUCAAGGCGGGGCCGUGGACCCCCGAGGCUGCAGCCGAGCACCCGGAAGCAGUGCGUCAGCUGCACCGGGAGUUCCUGAGAGCCGGAUCCAGUGUCAUGCAGACCUUCACUUUCUACGCAAGCGACGACAAGCUGGAGAACAGGGGCCACACUCAGAGCUUCACUGGGCAGCAAAUAAACGAGGCCGCGUGUGACCUGGCCAGGGAGGUGGCCGAUGAGGGCGAUGCUCUGGUGGCCGGAGGCGUCUCUCAGACCCCCGGGUACCUCAGCUGCAAGAGCGAGGAUGACGUCAAGGCCAUCUUCAAGAAACAGACCGACGUCUUCGUCGAGAAAAACGUGGACUUCUUGAUCGCCGAGUACUACGAGCACGUGGAAGAGGCCGAGUGGGCCGUGCAGGUCCUGAAGAGCACCGGGAAGCCCGUGGCUGCAACUCUGUGCAUCGGGCCCGAGGGAGACCUGAACGGAGUCAGCCCCGGAGACUGUGCCGUCAGACUCGUCAAAGCCGGAGCUCACAUUGUGGGCGUCAACUGCCACUUUGACCCGGAGACCUGCGUGAAGACUGUGAAGAUGAUGAAGGAGGGAGUGGAGAAGGCCGGGCUGAAGGCUCACUACAUGUGCCAGCCGCUGGCUUACCACACUCCUGACUGCAACUGCCAGGGUUUCAUCGAUCUGCCCGAGUUCCCUUUCGGUCUGGAGCCGAGGAUCCUGACCAGAUGGGACGUACAGAAAUACGCCCGGGAAGCCUACAACGCUGGCAUCCGCUACAUCGGGGGCUGCUGUGGCUUCGAGCCCUAUCACAUCCGGGCCCUGGCCGAGGAGCUGGCCACCGAGAGGGGUUUCCUGCCCGCCGGCUCCGAGAAGCACGGCAACUGGGGCGCUGGUCUGGAGAUGCACACGAAGCCUUGGGUCAGAGCCAGGGCCCGUCGUGACUACUGGGAGACGCUGAAGCCCGCGUCCGGCCGCCCCCUCUGCCCCUCGAUGGCCUCGCCCGACGGUUGGGGGGUCACCAAAGGUCACGCUGACCUGAUGCAGCAGAAGGAGGCGACCUCCCAGGAGCAGCUGAAGGCCCUCUUCGACAAGGCCAAUAAAAGCCAGUGAAGACGAGAGAAGGCGCGUUUCACACGGUCCCUGAAGUUGACGUAACCAAAAAGAUCGACAUUGAUAUCUUUCUCUCUUUUAGGACCAUUUUUACUGUAUGUGGAAGACCGGCGUCAUAAUGCUGAAACUUUUUUAAAUGAGCUUUCAAGCCUAAAGCAACAAAAGAAAAUCGCAACUGUGAAUUGCCGAGGCUGCAAAAAAACCAAAAGCAGCAGCUGUGAAUGCACUAAAAGAAAAUGCUGUAACACUCCAACUGUGCCUGAUGUUUUCUUACCAAAUAAUUGAAUGAUGUGUAGCAAUAAACUUCAAAUUG